GGCGCCAGGCGGCCGCUAAGAGCUGAGGGCGGCAGCUGAAAGCUGAGGAGUUAAAGCUGCGAUGUUUCGUAUCGAGGGCCUCGCGCCGAAGCUGGACCCGGAGGAGAUGAAACGGAAGAUGCGUGAGGACGUGAUUUCCUCCAUACGGAACUUCCUCAUCUAUGUGGCCUUGCUGCGAGUUACUCCUUUUAUCUUAAAGAAAUUGGACAGCAUAUGAAGAUUGGGUAUCACAUGUGAUAUGAAGAUAUGAAGAACUUGGUUACAGUUUCUACUCCUGUCUGCAAAUGAAUAGGCCCAGAAAGGUGUGAGAGACUUUGAUUGGACGUAAAUAUUCUGCUUGUUAAGAACAAGUUUGGCUCUGGUAAUUGACCUUCAUAGCUAAAAUAUAAAACUAUUUGGGAAUUAUGAAAAGAUGUCUUGUGGUCAUGGUGUACCCUUAUGCCUGUGAUAUUUGGCCUCUGUGAAUGUUGGUGUGAUUGUAAAUAAUGUCAAACUCCAUUUUAAAGCAAGUAUUAGUUAUAAGGGAACUGGGUCUGAAAUGGC